CCCAGCAGCCGGUGCUUCAGUCCUCCUUUUCCAACAUGUCGGUGUACGGGCCAGUGGUGAAGAUUCACCCCGUCGUUCUCGCUUCUAUCUGCGACUCUUACGAGCGGAGAAAUGAGGGAGCGAGUCGUUGUAUCGGCACCCUGUUGGGUACUGUUGACAAGCACUCAAUUGAAGUGACCAACUGCUUCUCUGUCCCUCACAAUGAAUCUGAAGAUGAGGUUGCUGUGGACAUGGAGUUCGCUAAGAACAUGUACGAGCUCCACAAGAGGGUGUCACCCACUGAGGUCAUCAUCGGAUGGUAUGCCACAGGAUUUGACAUCACAGAACACUCGGUGCUCAUUCAUGAGUACUACAGCCGUGAAGCCACCAACCCCAUCCACCUGACCAUGGAUACGGCCCUGCAGAGCAGCAAGAUGAGCAUCCGCGCCUACGUCAGUGCGCAGAUGGGUGUGCCAGGAAAGACAGUUGGGGUGAUGUUCACCCCGCUCACUGUCAAGUAUGUCUACUUUGACACUGAGAGGAUAGGCGUGGACCUUCUGCAGAGGACUCGUGUUCUUCCAAGUCGCACCAAGGGGCUGACCUCUGAUCUGUCCCAGGUGGGGGGCUCUGCAGCCAGGGUUCAGGACAUGCUGACCACCAUGCUUGCAUACAUUGAUGAUGUGCUGUCUGGCAAAGUGGCGGCCGAUAACAGCGUGGGUCGCUUCCUGAUGGACCUCGUCAACAAGGUGCCCACCAUCUCAGCCGAGGACUUUGAGAACAUGCUCAACUCCAACAUCAACGACCUGUUGAUGGUGACCUACCUGUCUAACCUCACCCAAGCACAGAUCGCUCUGAAUGAGAAGCUGGUGCUGCUCUGAGGGGAUUUCAUUGAAGUGAUAUUUAAUUUUGUAUUUUUUUUUUUUUUUUUUUUUUUUUUGGGCAGACAUGAAUAAAUAUGUUUAAGUCAUACAGUGUUCACCUUUGGGUUUUUCCAGGCAUUGUUUUUGGUAAUACUGUAAUUACAAAUAAGACAUUUAGAUUUCUCACACGUGGCUAAUGAUUUUUAUGGAAAUGGAUUUUUGAAGUAAUAUUUGAAACCAUAUAUAAGGUAGCUCACAUUUACUGACUAACUCCUGUAGUGUUAUAUAUGAUGUUUGAAAUUAAAGUUGCAAUUGUGUUUUUAUGCAUA